AUGGUGGCUGAAAAUACAACACUAGAGCAGAGUCUGCUCCCACACCACAUGCUGCACCAAGCAACUGUGAAGCAUCUGGACGGCAUUUUGAACUGCUUUUGGGAACGACUAUGGGAGCGACAACAAGCAGCCCGGCCCGCACAGCCCACUCUGCAGAUCAAGGGUAAGCAGGGCCGCGAGCAACGGGAGGUGAGGGGAAAAUCCUUGGGCACAGUGUCAGCACUCCCACCUACCCCCACUUUACAGGGCCCACCCGGGCUGAAGGCCAGACGGGCAACAACUUGGAAGCAUCGCCCACACCAACGGAGGCCCAGACACCGCACCAGGUCCUCCGUUACUCCCACACUGGGAGGAAACUCAGACUCUAGUAGGCACAUAGUUUGUGGCCAAAAGAUGCAGGCCCACACACCAGCCUGGGGAGAAAAGGACAGUAGGAGUACCUGCGCACCAGCGGCCUCCCACAGACCACCAGCAGGCGCCGGCCGUCUCCCAUCAGCAGGAAUCAGUGAAAAUAUACUUUAUCUCAAACCCACAGAGCUCUCAUUAUUCUCCUGCUGAGCAGCUAUUUCAGUUAUUUUAGCCAGCUUGUUUAAAAAGAUUUGAAUUACCCAGAUUUAAGAGCAGAAUGUGUUUAUCAAUGUGUUGUCAGUGUUUUAGCACUGUUUUAAAAAUUGUUGUCUCACUGCGGCUCCAGACUACAGUGAUCUAUAAAUCCAAGAGUAGCCUGCUCAGACCCACUAUGCGACAGGGAAAUGUAUAGGGUAUGGUGUAGUAUUAGCCUUCUUAAGUAAACGUGUUAGACCCUUGUCUCCUACCUAUCAUAAAUCUUGAAGCUACUAUGUCUGUCAUGUCAAUUUACUUCUUGUAAACACACCUCUUGCUAGUGUUACUCAUAUUUGAUAAUCUCCUGAUUUAUUCAGCAUUACUCUAACAUAAAAAAAAAAGAAAAAGUACAGUUGUAAUCCUAUGUCACAGAUUGUCAGUUUUAAAAGGUCUGUAAUCCUAUUGUGGCAUUGCAGAUAUGUUUGUGCCUCCUUUUGCAAAAUUAAAAUACAGAAUUUUAAAGAAUAAAAAAAAAAAAUAAAAAAAAAAAAAAUCUAUCAAAUAGCAUUGCUGUGAAACAUUAAGUACUAAAAUUGGGGAAGUCAACAUCGAAGCAAAUAUAAUUAACAGGUGCAUGGGUGAUAAGCCCAUAUUAAAAAUGUGCACCAAAUCACAACUAAUACAUUUUACAUUUUGUUUUAUUUAUUUAUUCAUUCAUUUAUUCUAAUUCUUAUUUUGGUUUUCAGCACAGCACACUGGCACAUGUUACCACCAGUCUUGAACUUUUACUUGUGGAAGAUAUUCAAGUAAAUACACAUACUAUUUGUAUUUAUAACCAUCCUCUUGUGACGGUAAGAGACAUUACUAUGUAAAUUAUGUAUACAGGAACAUCCCUUAUGUAUUGCUGUUAUUAUUUUAAUUUGAAAAGGAUAGGAUACAUGAUCCCAGGUGCAAUAGGCUAUGGGAGCACUCGAAGAAAGGGAUCUAUGGGUCUGCACUAGUAAAUAUUUAAAAUAAAAAAUCUUUAUUAUAGGGUACGAAUUCCCCAAAAAGAAAGGAAACUUAAAAAACCAGCACUUCUAAACUAAACACACAGGAAGGAAUUCGAAAUAGAAGCAGUAUGAUAUCAAGGGAAUCUAGAUAUAUACAGGGAGGCAAAUUAAUAGUUAAGAGAUAUCUAUAAUGACUCUCUUGUUGUAUAUCCCUAUCUGAGUAUUAUUCCCUCGAAAGUGGAAGGAUCCCAAAGUUGUUGAUCGCUCUACUAUAUAUGUAAAAUGUAAUAUGUAAAAUGAUAGAUACUGAAUGAAAUGCCCAAACAAUACUCAGAAUUGGUCUAUAUAGAAUUGGUACAGUUGAUUGCUGUCAACGACUAUAGACCUAGAGUAAAUGUUCUGUCUGAUAAUAUAAACUUGAAAAGAACUGCUUAGCUCAUUAGUGUGAAGUAGAUACAGAAAGACUCUAUUUAGGAACAGGUGGACACAGACAUGUGUAGACUGAACUGCUACAAAACACUCUGAGACAAGUUGACUACUACUACUUAGAAGGGAGACAAAUACCAAAGGAAUACAGACUAAUCUAGUCUGAAAGUCCCUGAGAGUGUAAUUGCCUCAAAGGAUAUAAGUGGUACAACAGUAUCUCAAUAUAGCCAUGAAGAGCGAUUGCUUAUGUAGCUAUAACUUCUAAAUCAAAGGAAUCCUAACUGCCCAUAAUAAGGAGUCACAGAAUCUGAAUAGAGUACUCCCUAAACCAAAACGAAUCUCACUCCCCCACCCCGUGAGCACAUAACUCAGUGCUGUGAUUUAAAAUAAAAAAAUCAUGAAACCCAACGUCUGUUUCGGCGCUGCUAAAGCGCCUUUGUCAAAGGUAAGAAUGGCACUGAAAAACGGUGAAUAUAUACCAGCCUGUAUUUCCCUUUGAGCCAAUCCAGGGUGUGGGUGUAAUUAUUCCUUUCCCGCCAAAGUUUAGAAGUGUUGGUUUUUUAAGUUUCCUUUCAUUUUGGGGAAUUUGUACCCUAUAAUAAAGAUUUUUUAUUUUAAAUAUUUACUAGUGCAGACCCAUAGAUCCCUUUCUUCGGGUGCUCCCAUAGCCUAUUGCGCCUGGGAUCAUCUAUCCUAUCCUUUUUUAUCUAUAUGUAAGGGUUACCCCCUAUAGGGAACUAUGGACACACUAUAGAUUCCUAUUAGGAAUCCUAUUCACUUUGUUUUUAUUAUUUUAAUUUGCAUCACAUGUAAAGCCGUUCUGGCACAGUCUGAUAAAAUUUGGAAAGUUGCAUGAUUCAUUGAAAGCUGUCUAUCACAUGAGUCCACAUGAAUUUGUGAGAUGACACAGCUGCAUCUUAUAAACUUGGUAAUGCAAAUUUCUCAGUGUGAUAACCUUUUUUCACAGUUCACUUUGAAAUAAUUAUAAGAAAUAAGAGAGGCUAACACUAUUUAACCAUCUGAUGUGCUAUAUGGCAUAAUGUAUUAAAAUGCCACAAAAAAUAAAUAAAUAAAAAUGUGUAUAUGUAUAUACACUGCUCAAAAAAAUAAAGGAAACACUUAAAUAACACAAUGUAACUCCAAGUCAAUCACACUUCUGCGAAAUCAAACUGUCCACUUAGGAAGCAACACUGAGUGACGAUCAAUUUCACAUGCUGUUGUGCAAAUGGGAUAGACAACAGGUGGAAAUUAUAGACAAUUGGCAAGACACCCCCAAUAAAGGAGUGGUUCUGCAGGUGGUGACCAGAGACCACUUCUCAGUUCCUAUGCUUCCUGGCUGAUAUUUUGGUCACUUUUGAAUGCUGGUGGUACUUUCACUCUAGUGGUAGCAUGAGACAGAGUCUACAACCCACAAAAGUGGCUCAGGUAGUGCAGCUUAUCCUGGAUGGCACAUCAAUGCGAGCUGUGACAAGAAGGUUUGCUGUGUCUGUCAGUGUAGUGUCCAGAGCAUGGAGGCGCUACCAGGAGACAGGCCAGUACAUCAGGAGACGUGGAGGAGGCCGUAGGAGGGCAACAACCCAGCAGCAGAACUGUUACCUCCACCUUUGUGCAAGGAGGAACAGGAGGAGCACUGCCAGAGCCCUGCAAAAUGACCUCCAGCAGGCCACAAAUGUGCAUGUGUCUGCUCAAAUGGUCAGAAACAGACUCCAUGAGGGUGGUAUGAGGGCCUGACGUCCACAGGUGGGGGUUGUGCUUACAGCCCAACACCGUGCAGGGCAUUUGGCAUUUGCCAGAGAACACCAAGAUUGGCAAAUUCACCACUGGCGCCCUGUGCUCUUCACAGAUUAAAGCAGGUUCACACUGAGCACAUGUGACAGACAUGACAGAGUCUGGAAAUGCUGUGUAGAACGUUCUGCUGCCUGCAACAUCCUCCAGCACGACCGGUUUGGCAGUGGGUCAGUAAUGGUGUGGGGUGGCAUUUCUUUGGGGGGCCGUACAGCCCUCCAUGUGCUCGCCAGAGGUAGCCUGACUGCCAUUAGGUACCGAGAUGAGAUCCUCAGACCCCUUGUGAGACCAUAUGCUGGUGUGGUUUGCCCUGGGUUCCUCCUAAUGCAAGACAAUGCUAGACCUCAUGUGGCUGGAGUGUGUCAGCACUUCCUGCAAGACAAAGGCAUUGAUGCUAUGAACUGGCCUGCUCGUUCCCCAGACCUGAAUCCAAUUGAGCACAUCUGAGAAAUCAUGUCUUGCUCCAUCCACCAAUGUCACGUUGAUCCACAGACUGUCCAGGAAUUGGCAGAUGCUUUAGUACAGGUCUGGGAGGAGAUCCCUCAGGAGACCAUCCGCCACCUCAUCAGGAGCAUGCACAGGCGUUGUAGGGAGAUCAUACAGGCACGUGGAGGCCACACACACUACUGAGCCUCAUUUUGACUUGUUUUAAGGACAUUGCAUCAAAGUUGGAUCAGCCUGUAGUGUGUUUUUCCACUUUAAUUUUGAGUGUGACUCCAAAUCCAGACCUCCCUGGUUUGAAACAUUUGAUUUCCAUUUUUUUUUUUUUUUUUUUGUGUGAUGAUGUUGUCAGCACAUUCAACAUGUAAAGAACAAAGUAUUUCAGAAGAAUAUUUAAUUCAUUCAGAUCUAGAAUGUUAUUUUUGUGUUACCUUUUUUGAGCGGCGUAUAUAUACAUACAGCUCUGUCACUUUCUGGAACUUAUGCAUAUUUUGCAUAGAUCCCUGACUGUUACUGCAGCUUCGGAUUGCGGUGACACACAGGUGAAGUUGAGCUGAGUAACAUUUAACUGAUGCCUUCCCUCUGCAGGUACUACCAGUUUUGUUCUUUACUAAUGUCUGUGGAGGAUCACUUGAGACAGUGUGAUGAGUGAGAUAAUGCCUUAUUUCCACAGCCAUUGAUCACAACAGCUGUGGGAAGUGUUAAAACAUGACAUCAGUAGCUGAAAGAUAUACCUUAAGAUAAAGUAGUAUGUACUGUCGUAUGACAACUUUAAAUAACCUUUUUUGCAAUUUGUAAUAUUUAUUCUAUAUUAAUCAACACAAUUUGUAUGUACCUUCCAAUUAAUUGACAUUUUACUCUAGUUGAUAUUGUUAUUUAUUUGUUUUACAAUUCAUCUAUACAGGCCACAUUCACCAUUGGCAAAGGCUCUGGGUACUUUUACAUCAACAGCAGUGUAUCCAACAUCGCAGGAACUGCAUUUCAGGACAAAAAAAGGACAGUAGUGGUGAGUACUCUGUUAAGAGAUACUAUGUUGGGAAAUACCUAUUUUAAUGCAUUUUCUAAAUAUGCAAUGUAAAAAUAAAUACUUAAAUAUACCCUGCAGAUAUACUGUUUGCCUUCAGCAAGUAGGCACCUCUCUCAUGAGGACAAGAUGUUUUAUUUUAUUUUUUCCCACUUUAUUUUGUAUUUUUUGUAUCCCAUAAACCCAUUAAAAAUGGGUAUUUAUCCCAUAAACUCCAAUUAAAAUUAUUGGAACUAGCCUGUAAACUGAUAACUGCCAGAUUGUGAUGGCUAUCAGUUUGCUAUGUUUAGUGGACCUGCCUAUGUAGAGUGCACAGCAGUGCCUCAACCUGCUUCUCAACGCUCUUUCAGGAGGAAAGAGAACUCUGCCCAAGUGGAACAUCACAUACAGACAUUGUGGAAAAUAAACAAAAACUGAUAGUGUGCAGAUAUAACUCACUCAAAGUGUCUCAUUGAGAGCUAUUUCAAUAAGUCUCAGAGCUGCUACUCUAUCUGUUUUGCAGUUAUGCAAAGCUGUGCUGGUGCUUAGUCACUAUUUAAUGUGUUUAAAGGACCACUAUAGGCAUCCUGGGUGCCAGGUCCAUCUUGGAUUAACCCUGCAGCUGUAAGCAUAGCAGUUUCAGAGAAACUGCAAUGUUUACAUUAGGGUUAAUCCAGCCUUUAGUGGCUGUCUCAUUGACAGCUGCUAGAGGCACUUCCGCACUUCUCACUGUGAUUUUCACAGUGAGAAAACGUUGUCGCCCAUAGGAAAGCAUUGAGAAAUGCUUUCCUAUUGACUAAUUGAAUGUGCACGCAUUCGGUGGACGACGUCAGUGGAGGGAGGAGAGUCCCCAGCGCCAAGGGAGCCCUGCGCUGGAGAAAGGUUAAUGUUUAACCCAUCUUGAGCCCGGCGGGAGGGGGGCCAUGAGGGUUGUGGGGACCUAUUAACACUAUAGUGCCAUGAAAACAAGUUUGUUUUCCUGACACUAUAGUGGCCCUUUAAGAUAUAUAAUAUAUUAUAUACACACACACGCUAUUUCAUCCUGACACUUGCAUUUGAAGUUUAUUUUUAAGAGCCUAGCCAUCCCGCCACUAUAUAUAUAUAUAUAUAUAUAUAUAUAUAUAUAUAUAUAUAUAUGUGUGUGUGUGUGUUCAAGUAGAGAUUGUAGCCAUAUUAGUCCAGUGAUUAAAAAAAAGAUAUUACAAUGUAUCUUGUAAUACUUUUGGACUAACAUAAUUUUUUAAGCACAAGUUUUGGGAGAACCUCCCUUUCUCAAGUCUGAAGCAUUUCACAUUUGAGAAAGGGAGUGUAACGGAUCCCCUAUACUCCAGCUGAGUAUAUCCGUGCAGAAUCUCCCAAAAUUCAAGUGUAGCAGAAGGUGUAGUGAUUAUAACUCAAAUCCCCCAAACAUGAGCCAAGACUUCAUGAGGGGGUAAAACGAUCUGUUUAAUGGAGGCCACAGCUUGGCCUUUUAUGCAAGUCCCCAAGCAAGGUAUACUCCCAAAUGGACCUUGUUGGGGACAGAGACACAAUUACAAUAACUAGCAUAUAAUGUAAAACACUCCCACACAAACAGUCCAAUCCUUCCUUUCUAUCCUGGAGAUAAUUGGGUUAACUCAAUUAUCUCCAGGUACAGAAAAUAAUGCACUGUUAUAAAAUUCACCCAAAAACUUUAACAUACAUAAAAUCAUAUUUUGCAUAACCAAACCCCCAUAGUCUACAUAUCUCCAGAUAACUUGGAUCUGAACGCCCAAAAUAUCAGAAAAGCUCUCAGAUCCCAUGAACAAAGUCAAAUCGCCAUGGGGUUGAAGGAUUUGACCGACUGCUCUGAAUAAGUCUGUCCAGAAAUAGUUCCAUGAUUUGAGAUGUAGUGGUUGGUAUAGUUCGUGAGUUUCCAUCUGAACAGAAAUUCAUGAAACCAUCAAAAAUGUGAAUUAAUCCCCUGGCUCAUACUGUAGUAAUGUGGAGACUUACUAAACAAUAGUAUUCCUAACUAUCCAACUGGCCACCUAAUCCAGUUUCCACUUUUAAACAGUUUAACCACAGCUCUUUAAACAUACAGACUUUUUCACAGUGCAUUUUUCUUAAGAGUCUUAGGCUUAACUGCCUCCUUUCUCCCAGCUGUUAGACCCCCUGAUGCCUUCAGAGGCUGACCUUUUAAAACACAAAUGCAGGUUAAUUAUAUUUGCCUGAAAGGGCACACUGCAGGGCUUAGCUCAGGAGAUGUAUGUAUGUAUUUUUACUUGCAAUGAAUUAUGUUUGAAUAUGUGAGUGCAUGCAGCUGUCUAAGUGUAUGCAGGGUAGAAAUUAUGAGCUGCUUAGAUGUAUUUGGUUUAGUGUUAAAGUGGGAUUAUUUCAGUAAUGAGGCAUAUGACCUGUUUAAUUUUGAAGAAAAGUUAAACCUAGUAUUAGGGUUUGUAUCAGAUUUAGGGUUAGAGAGUUUAUUCAUUUUUUAUUUUUAUUUUUGGAAUAGUUAAAGUAAAAAGGGAGUUUAGGGUAUGGCAAUGCUGAGUUUGAAGGGCUAAUCGUACUCAACUUCAUAUGAUUGGUUGCUAUACAAUGUGCAUCACUCAGUGCUGUCCCUGCUCCUCUUGCAAGGCAUUUCCUGUGUGAGAGGCUGUUAGUGAGCAGAUGGGAAGUGAGCCUUUCUACUUCCUGCCUGGACACACACAGACUCAAUAGGAGUAGGGAUAUCAUAAAAUGUUACACUAUAUUUAUCUGUUCCUGCAGCCCUGCUAGCAAUCAUAGGAAGCUGCCUGAACCAUAGAGGGCACUGGCCAAAGAGUCUGGUACUUAUCUUGCCCUUACCAGCCCACCUAAGCUUCAAAAAGGCACAUUAUAAGUGCUGUAAAUUGGCAAAACAGGUGCCUGUAGGCAGGCACCUAUUCUGUUUAAUGGGAAAUCUGACCCUGACGUGACUGUGUAUGUAGCGUUACAAAUUAAACUCAGAACUGACUAUUAACUUUUACAUUUGUUUGAUCUAGGUAUUUCCUUUACAUUCAGGCACAGUAACAGUCAUGGUCUAUGACCUCUGUCUUGCAUUACCCGAGCCUGUUAAAGUUAAUGUACAUGUGUCUGAUAUUUUCCACGUGGAUGUGACAGUUGUUGAUAAGGUAGGUGCAUUUGUAAUGGUCUAGUAUGAAUACUAAUAAAAAGUGGUGCUGUUUCUUUAGAGUAACAUGAAUAAUACAAAUCAUGUACCCAGUCGAAUGAAUGGGGUGUUUCUUUUUUUUUUAAAUUAGUCAGCAAGGUUGCUAUCACUGUGAUCAUAAGUUGACACGCUCAGGGUUAUUCACUAAAUACCAGAUUUUGCCUGAAUGAAUAAAAUCUGGUUCAAAUGGCCCAAUCCCUACUGGAAUAGCAGUUCUAAUAUUCACUAAAUAUAAUCCUAUUCAUGUUAUUCAGUUACAUUUCUUGCAUAACCAAUUACUUUCUUAUAUAAAUUAUCACUGUUAAUUUACCUUGACUGUCUAUUGGAUUUUUUUUAUUUUAUUUUAUUUAUUUUUUUUUAGGUAGAAAUUGGGAAAAACAUAAAAGCCUAUGUUAGGGUCCUGGAUUCAGCCAGAAAGCCCUUUAUGGUUCAAUAUUUAGCAUAUAUGAAUUUGGAACUGACAUCUUCAUCUCAUGUAGUGUCAAUUAAGUGA